AGCUUAGUUGUCUUCCAUGGCUCUCUUUCUUGGAAAACCCUCCGCUCUUUCGCCUCUAUAUAUAAUCCUCCAUCAUUCACAUACUCUCAAACCCAACUCAACUUUCAUAAUUGUAAAACUUCUUUCUUUGAGUUCUUCCUCUAAUUACAAUGGCAGCUGCUUCACAAAACUUCGAAGAUUUCUUGCCCCUCAUGGCACACAAGCUUGGUGGGGAUGGUUUGAUUGGAGAGUUGUGUAAUGGGUUUAAUCUUUUGAUGGAUACUGAUAAAGGGGUCAUCACCUUUGAGAGUCUUAAGAGAAACUCAGCUUUGAUGGGCUUACAAGACAUGAGUGAUGAUGAUCUGAGGUCUAUGGUGAGAGAAGGUGACUUUGAUGGCGAUGGAGCUCUUAAUCAGAUGGAGUUUUGUGUUUUGAUGUUUAGAUUGAGCCCUGAGUUGAUGGAAACUUCAAAAUUUUUGGUUGAAGAGGCUCUUGACCAAGAGUUCAAGGCUUGUCAUUAACUCUUUUUUUUUUUUUUUUUUUUUUUUUUUAAUUUAUUGAUGUUUUAUUUUGGAAGAUUUUUUUUUGUAAUGG